AUGGGGUUCAAUCUCAACCACCUUUGUGCUCUGGUGCUAGGCCUGCUGGUGCUAGGGCUGCUGGUGCUAGGCCUGCUGGUGCUAGGCCUGCUGGUGCUAGGCCUGCUGGUGCUAGGCCUGCUGGUGCUAGGCCUGCUGGCCCUAGGCCUGCUGGUGCUAGGCCUGCUGGUGCUAGGCCUGCUGGUGCUAGGCCUGCUGGUGCUAGGCCUGCUGGUGCUAGGUCUGCUGGUGCUAGGCCUGCUGGUGCUAGGCCUGCUGGUGCUAGGCCUGCUGGUGCUUGGCCUGCUGGUGCUAGGCCUGCUGGUGCUAGGCCUGCUGGUGCUAGGUCUGCUGGUGCUAGGCCUGCUGGUGCUAGGCCUGCUGGUGCUAGGUCUGCUGGUGCUAGGCCUGCUGGUGCUAGGCCUGCUGGUGCUAGGCCUGCUGGUGCUAGGGCUGCUGGUGCUAGGCCUGCUGGUGCUAGGCCUGCUGGUGCUAGGCCUGCUGGUGCUAGGGCUGCUGGUGCUAGGCCUGCUGGUGCUAGGCCUGCUGGUGCUAGGCCUGCUGGUGCUAGGCCUGCUGGCCCUAGGGCUGCUGGUGCUAGGCCUGCUGGUGCUAGGCCUGCUGGUGCUAGGCCUACUGGCCCUAGGGCUGCUGGUGCUAGGCCUGCUGGUGCUAGGCUUGCUGGCCCUAGGGCUGCUGGUGCUAGGCCUGCUGGUGCUAGGCCUGCUGGUGCUAGGCCUGCUGGCCCUAGGCCUGCUGGUGCUAGGCCUGCUGGUGCUAGGCCUGCUGGUGCUAGGCCUGCUGGCCCUAGGGCUGCUGGUGCUAGGCCUGCUGGUGCUAGGCCUGCUGGUGCUAGGCCUGCUGGCCCUAGGCCUGCUGGUGCUAGGCCUGCUGGUGCUAGGCCUGCUGGUGCUAGGCCUGCUGGCCCUAGGCCUGCUGGUGCUAGGCCUGCUGGUGCUAGGCCUGCUGGUGCUAGGCCUGCUGGCCCUAGGGCUGCUGGUGCUAGGCCUGCUGGUGCUAGGCUUGCUGGCCCUAGGGCUGCUCAGGGGAGGGUAG